UAUGGCUACCAGCUAACCAGUUCACAAGUGACAGCUGCCCGAGAAGGUAGAAAUUCUUUCGGAAAGCACAUUUUCUACAAUGAUGUAAGCAGCAUGUUGGCCAAGACAAAGCCGAAUUUGGGUUCGGCAUUUACAUGAUUCCAGGAGGUUGUUAAUAAAUUUCAAAAGGAUUUGAUUUUUUGAAUGAAGAUCAAAUGAAGAUGAACCGAUACAUAACCUUGAACCAACUGGGCGAUGGUACAUUUGGUUCAGUUGUUCUUGGUGAACGUAUUGAUACCGGCGAGAAGGUCGCGAUUAAAAGAAUGAAGAGGAAAUAUUAUUCCUGGGAAGAGGCUAUGAACCUCCGAGAAGUCAAGUCGCUGAAGAAACUUAGUCACGCAAAUGUCGUAAAGUUGAAGGAAGUAAUAAGAGAAAAUGAUGUUUUAUAUUUCGUUUUCGAAUACAUGAAGGAAAAUUUAUACCAAUUAAUGAAAGAAAGGGAUAAGCUCUUCCCCGAACCAGUGAUCAGAAACAUGGUAUACCAAGUGCUGCAAGGCCUAGCAUUUAUGCACAAGCACGGUUUCUUUCACCGAGAUAUGAAACCAGAAAAUCUUCUUUGCAUGGGACCCGAAUUAGUAAAAAUCGCAGAUUUUGGCCUAGCUAGAGAAAUUCGAUCCAGACCUCCUUACACGGAUUACGUGUCAACCAGAUGGUAUAGAGCGCCGGAAGUGCUUUUACACUCAACGACAUACAAUAGCCCUAUAGAUAUUUGGGCAGUUGGGUGCAUAAUGGCGGAGCUUUACACCUUCAGGCCAUUGUUCCCUGGUAAAAGUGAGAUUGAUGAGAUAUUUAAAAUAUGUUCUGUUAUCGGCACUCCGGAUAAAAAUGAUUGGCCGGAAGGUUACCAAUUGGCCGCUGCGAUGAAUUUUAAGUUUCCAAACUUUAGUCGCACUUCUCUUGGUGUUCUGAUGCCAAACGCUAGUGAACCGGCUGUGAUUAUUAUGGAAGAUAUGCUGCAGUGGAAUCCUAUCAAGAGGCCCACGGCACAGCAAUCCCUUAGGUACCCGUAUUUCCAAGUUGGUGGGCCCCGUGUAGUUAGCAGUAAAAAGAUUGGCGUAGGUUCUCAAAGAGAACUUGUAAUGAAUAAGGUUAAUUUACCGCCACCGAUUCAACUUCAAAAUUAUAAUCCUCAAGACGGUAGCAGCAUGAUUCAUUGCAGAAUGCCGGAAAAAAUUCCUCAACCUCAGCAGCAACCAAUCCUACCACUUCUGAAUCACAACAGUCGAAAACGAGAGAACAAUCCAAAAUGGGACGACGACGACUUUGCUGAUCUCCUAGGGAGCAAGAUCAUCCCGGACAAUUCCAACACGAAACUCGUACCUGACCGUGUCUACAAGGAAAAUCGUGCAAACUGGAACAGCAACUACACCAUCGAUAAUCAGAAGCAAACCAAUGCCAACUGGUCCCUACCAGCUUGGGACGAACCUCACCCCAAUAACUGGAACAACCAAAGCCAGAACAACAUCAAAAGUGCCAGGAAAGUCUCAGCAAAACAACAUUACCUCAGUGUCUCUCGGUACGUCGCUGGCCAGAGCACGAAUUUACCUUCCAGGCAUGGGGAUACAGACUCGAUUCGAUCAAGGAAUGUGAUGAAUGGAGGAUUGAUUAAUUCUCCGACAGAAAAAAUUGAAGAGUUCACGGAAUCGUUUUGGACACCAAGGGAUAGUUUGGAGAAUCAAACGAGGCAACAUUAUAUUGCGAGAAAUCGAUAUAUUGCUGAGCACACUACUACAAUUCCUUAUGCAACUGUCUACGGUACUCAGAACAUCAAGCCAGUUAACAAAAAUCUUCAGUCGAAUUUAUUCGGUGGAGUUUUAAAUACGAGACCAAGUGGUGGACUCCACGGUCGAACUGAUUGGGCUGCGAAGUAUCUCAAAUGACCCAUCUAGACAAAUUAAUGGUAAAAAUAUCGUUAAAAAAUCGGUGCAUCAAAGGACGUAAGUCCAACUGUGAUAAAGGAUGAUAAUCGACUUCAGAAAUCCUGAUCUUGAUUCCCACGCUUUGGAAAUCUAGUCAUCCACAUAGACAUGAGAGCCAACGGAGAGAAGUUCGCCAAAGUACUUCGAAAGUAGAGAGAACCACCAUCAGCUCGCCAGAAUUACGUAAAAAAUGCAAAAUGCAUUUUAAUAGUAUUCCCAGAAGAGUAUAAUCAAACUUAGGAACUAACAAGUGUCAAAACGAUUGUAACAAAUAAGAAAUGGCCCUUCUAAAUAUUUUUUGUAUCUCAUCCCCAAAAUCUAUUCCUUUUCUUUUUGACGGAAAUUAAAAUUUUCAAAAGCCAUCUUAUUAGUACAAAGUAUAAGCCUGGUCCAAAAAGCAUAUAUAACUUUUUUUUUAUCAAUUAUAAUUUAAGAUGAAAACUUAGAUUUAAUUUUUCGUUAUACUACAAUUAAAAAAUAUUUUCAGAGACAUUUUUGGACCAGUCUACAUCGAACAGGUGAAUUAGAGAUUGUAGAUUACGCCUAGUUGAAUUUUAGAUGAAAUAUAUUUAUGAAAAGGGAACUUUAUCUGAGACGGAGAGUCAAAAGUAACAUCAAAAUUUGACCACAUCUCAAAAUGUUUUAACUUUCAGGCAAAGUUUCCUUCGAGCGCGAUAGUAGGGUACAAAAUUAUAGCAUCAUAAGAAUAAUAAGCUAAUAUAAUAUAUAUGUAUUUAUUAUUGUUUGUACAUAUCGAUAAAUGCGAUACGAGAGAGAUCGUUGUGAUUUCGAAAUUAUGUAAUUAAUUAAUUGCAGUUCGAGAAAUCCGGUUAAUAUUGUAUUAUGCUAAACGGUUCCCUCGCAUCUGUCAGAAAAUUCAUAUCGCACUCGCCUAAUAAUGUUUCGUAAGUAGGGCCAUACGAUGAAAAAUAUAAUGUACAACAAAACAAUUUUUCCAUCGCUUUGUCCCUAUUUUUAUCCAAGCACAACCUCGAGAAAGCAUAUCCUCUUCUACAUUCAAAUCGACUCGCCAUUCAGUUUAAUUUUACUUAUACAUCUAGGUAUCGUUUAUUUAUUAUUUGUCCUUAAAUUGGGUUUCAGUAGCUCGUUUACCUUAAUUAACUACCCUCUCCACUAUUAUAAUGUCCCCUUAUUAUUUCAUGAUAUCUUAUCACAUGCAGAGAAAAAAAUCUGAUUGUACCAAAUUAAAAUUAUUUCUUAAUAAAUAAU